CCCAUUGGUUGUAUCCCCGCCCACUGGUGUGACAGUGUUGCCUUAUUUGCAGGUGAUCGGUCGCUUUCCUGCUUGUGUAAUGCCCGGUGUACAGGAGACAGGAGCUGUGAUGUCUGAGGAGCUGGAGGAACAGUCUCAUUGGUUAACUGGCUGGAUACCAUCUUGGUGCCCAACUUCCAUGUCAAAAUUAAAGGCAGUGGAAUCCAAGAUACUUCAAUGUAUCAAGAACCGAUUCUCUGCAGGCUAUGUCUCUUUACCGGAUCAGAACAAGAUUUGGACAUUGACAGUGAGCCCAGAGCUCCGGGAAAAGACGCCUUUAGUGAUGGUUCAUGGUUUUGGAGGUGGGAUAGGACUUUGGAUUCAAAACAUAGACCGCCUUAGCUCACGGCGGGCUGUCUAUGCUUUUGAUUUAUUGGGAUUUGGGCGUAGCUCCCGACCAACCUUUCCAAGUGAUCCAGAAGCGGCAGAAGAGCAGUUUGUAUCAUCCAUUGAGCAGUGGAGAGAGGAGAUGGGAAUUAAGGACAUGAUUCUCCUGGGGCAUAGCUUGGGUGGAUUCCUGGCUACAUCGUAUUCUACGAAAUACCCACAGAGAGUGAAACAUCUCAUUCUUGUUGAUCCAUGGGGCUUCCCAGCCUUGCCAACAGACCCCAGUGAGCUGCGUUCUCCUCCAGCAUGGGUUAAAGCUAUUGCAGCAGUUCUUGGACGAUCCAAUCCUUUGGCUGUUGUGAGAGCAGCAGGACCUUGGGGUCCCAGAUUGGUGCAAAGAUUUCGUCCAGACUUGAAAAGGAAAUUUGAGGAGUUCUUUGAGGACGACACUAUAAUGGAAUACAUUUACCACUGCAAUGCUCAGACACCAAGUGGUGAAAGUGCUUUCAAAGCCAUGAUGGAGAGGUUUGGCUGGGCUAAGCGACCGAUGUUGCCUCGUCUUAAUUUGAUUCCUAAAACUCUUCCCAUCACAUUCAUCUAUGGGGCAGAGACCUGGAUUGACAGCAGCACGGGGGAAAAGGCCAAGGAACUACGACCUGACUCUUAUGUGCAUACACUGGCCAUCAAAGGUGCCUCUCACCAUGUAUAUGCAGAUCAGCCAAAUAUCUUCAAUGAAGUGGUGGAUGAGAUUUGUGAUGCGGUGGAUUGAGAGUACCCUGUGAUAUGCAAAAAUAAGGAAAAGCUCCUGGUGUGUGUGAACCGAAAUUUAAUAAUAUAAAAAAAUCUCAAUAAUGGCUCACAUUUGAGCUUUACUCUUUAAGCCGAAUAGUUUAGAGCCCAUCUUUACAAUGCAGUAGGUUUCCCACAGUGCCAAAGCAGCGCAGGGCGCCCUCUCCUGGUGAUAUUCACCGACUGUAUUUCUAUUGAUGAUCUUGCCAUUGAAGCACCAACUGUUAAAAGUUAUCCAAACUUUGUCUUUGUUUAUACUUUAUAUUGGAAGAUUGUCAUUCAGUUUGAAUCUAUAAGGACUCAAAGCAAUGAAUGUUUGACCUUAAUGUGCCAAACCUGUCUAGCGCACAAAUAGAGGAGCAUGUCUUGUAUAGGCUGGCGCAAAUCCAAAAAAACAAGCUCCUGAGUAGCCAUUCUAGUAGGGUGACUUGCCAAUGCCAAUAUUAGCUUCUAGUUGAUAUGUUAAUGAUAGAGCCCUUAAAUGAGUAACUGGAUGUGACUUUCAGAAACCUGUGGAUUACAUGUUUGAUGUUGCCAGAACUACCUCUGUAAUGUGCAAAGAAUCUGUUUAUAUUUGAAGGUAAUAUCCAGAUCUAUCAUAGUGAUACAUAUUGUAUUCAUUAUAUUGUACUUGACAGAACAGGUUAUGGUAAACUUGUUUCUUUGUGUAAUCUGUGGUAUAUUUUAUGUUGACAAUAAUGAGCACAUGCACUGUAGUUCUAAUUUGUAUUUGUUUUAAGUGCUAUGAGAUGUUGUAUCGCCUUCUUUAACAUUGUACCAGAAGAAAGCAUGAAGACUUGCUGGCAUUUAUUUGUAAGAAACCUCAAUAGAAGACAGACAAUGAAGCCAGUGGCAAUAUUUGACAACAUUUACUGAUCUAACCUCAGUAAGCUAAAAUGUGAUUGGUUUCAAAAGGUGUAUAACAAAGCCAGAAUAUGAAA